AUGACUUAUCGAGAUUUGGUUCCAAUUGGAUCAGGCUUGUUAAUCGGAGCUACAUCCUUUGGAUUAGGCGUCAUAUAUGCCCAAUGGCCAUAUGACUUGAACACAUUAUGGAGGUAUGAUCCUAAUGGAUUUGACAUCUCUUUGGCACAUUAUACUAUUUGGGGAAACUCACCUAUGUACGUCCAUUAUGUGUUUCAUUUUGUUAUGCUUCUAGGGUUAAUUGGGUCUUUUAUUAAGCUUUACAAACCUGAGGAAGAUGCUAAAUAUUUUGAAUAUUUUUCUUUGGGUUUAUAUGUGGUAGCUAUCAUCAUAUAUUUGACCAAUUUGAGAAUUGGGGUGAACUCGUGUAUUACAGGUGACUGGGGCGAAGUUGAUAGAAAUACUGGAAUCAAUGUAAUGGCAGCUUCAGAGGUAAUGAUUAUUGUUGUUUUGGUUGGGGUCUUAGUUUUGCAAGGAGGAUUGUAUUACGCUGAAUGGUACAACAGAAAGAUCAGAGAUGAAUUUUAUGAGCAACAAGCUGCGGAAGAAGCCAAAAGUCAAAAAGAGGCUAAAACUAAAGAAACUGCUGAUUCUACCUCUUCGGGUGCUGAAAAAUCUCAAACGAAAUCAAGCAGCAAGAAAAGAUCGAGCAAGAACAAAUCGUAA